UCCCUCAUCCAUCCAUCCAUCCCCUUCCCCUUCGUCUUCCUCCCCUCCUCGCGCCCGCGUCGCUCUCGAGCCAUUGGAGAGAGAGCGAGAGAGAGGAUGAAAUUCGGCAAGGAUUUCAGGAACCACCUGGAGGAGACGCUGCCGGCGUGGAGGGACAAGUACCUGGCCUACAAGUCCCUCAAGAAGCUCAUCAAGAACCUGCCGCCUGAUGGUGAUCCCCCUCCCGCCGCAGGCGCUGUUCCUGCGGGAGAUGGGGAUGGGGUUAGGGUUGGGGUUGGGGACGCGGACGUCGCCCUGGGGAACUGGUUCGCCAGGGUCCUCGACAUGGAGCUCCAGAAGCUCAACGACUUCUACAUCGAGAGGGAGGAGUGGUACGUCAUCCGCCUCCAGGUUCUCAAGGAAAGAAUUGAGCGUGUCAAAGCUAAGAAGAAUGGCGCAUUCACAUCUAAGAGUGAAUUCACCGAAGAGAUGUUAGAGAUACGCAAAGCUUUUGUCAUCAUCCAUGGCGAGAUGAUUCUUCUGCAGACCUAUAGCUCCCUAAAUUUUGCUGGAUUGGUGAAGAUACUAAAAAAGUAUGACAAGAGAACAGGCGGUUUACUCAGCUUACCUUUCACUCAACGUGCUCGACACCAGCCAUUUUUCACCACAGAACCUCUAACAAGGCUUGUUCGAGAAUGUGAGGCUAAUCUUGAUCUCCUGUUCCCUAUUGAAGCAGAAGUACUCGAGUCUACUUCCUCUGCUAAGCUGCAACCUCAGAAUGAUGAUGCGGCUAACCAUGACCCAGCGUCAUCCAUCGAUGUUGAAACCUCGGAUGUGUAUCGAAGCACACUCGCGGCAAUGAAAGCGAUACAGGGCCUGCGUAAAGCGAGCUCUACUUACAAUCCCCUGUCUCUAGCCAGGUUCUUCCAUGGAGAGGACGGGGAAGCCUGCUCCGGCGCCAUCACGUCAGAAAGUUCACUGUUGGAUUCAUUUUCUGAUUCCCUGAUUGAAGAUGCUGAGAAUGAUGAUAAAGAGGUGCAAUCAAGGGAGCAGAAUACGGAUCAAAAUGAUGCAGAAGUCCAACCACGUGAUGAGUGAUCAUCACUUCAUCAGUCUUUGGGUUUAAUCCCCCCGAUGCCCCUGAUAAGUGUAAAUGAUACAACUGCGGCAUACACUAAUAAUCUUGAUCCUUGAAAUGUAUAACCCAUUACUGACC